AACAACAACAACAACAACAACAACAACAACAACAACAACAACAACAACAACAACAACAACAACAACAACAACAACAACAACAACAACAACAACAACAACAACAACAACAACAACAACAACAACAACAACAACAACAACAACAACAACAACAACAACAACAACAACAACAACAACAACAACAACAACAACAACAACAACAACAACAACAACAACAACAACAACAACAACAACAACAACAACAACAACAACAACAAUAAU